CCUUGAAUCUGCGCAUUGUUAUCGUCUUCGUCCAGCGCGCCGCCAAAUUCUGUGUAUUACGCACCGCCAUCCUUGUUGAUCAUCGCUGCGAGCCUUUUCUCCUUGCGCACCUUUGUCCUGAUAUUGUGGAUCAAAUCCCAGCGCAUCCAUCAAGAAUACAAGUCAUCGAACCCAUUUCCUGACCAAAGCAAAAUGGACGGUCGAGACUCCGACACCCCCGAGGGCCAGCGCUUGCGCCGCGAAUUGGUCAAUCAGCUCAGACUCAAUUCUACCGGCGGUGUUCCUCAGCUAGUGAAUCACAAUCUUCAGCCAUACCAGCCUACGCCUUCAUCGACCAAUGGUUUUGCUCCCAACCAAUUCUCCUACACACAGCCUCCAAGAUCCACUCUCGCUCCGUACAACAGCGCUGCUGGCAUCUACCAGCCAUCCCACCUACAGCAGGGUCAGAUCUUCCAACCCUCCUCCAUACAUCCUUCUCAUGGUGCUUCUGCCGCUCAAUCAGUUUCAGCCACUCCCAAUGCCGCUUAUGGAUCCUUCUCCGGCAGCGCUUCCGUCCUCUCCACUGAGCGCGGCAAUCACACAGUCCCAGGCGCUGCACAGCUCUCUCCUUCUGCAAGAAGUCAUCAAUCUCCUGACCAGCACCAGACCCAAGUGUCACAAAGACCUGGUCUCGCCGUCCAAGGCUUCCAUUUCCAACCUCAAGUAGGACCUCGUCCUGCUUUCGCCCCCGACAACCAACCACGCACGACUUAUCCACCCAACGCUGUGCCUAUUACCGGCCCUCCCGCUCCCAUUGCUGGUGCUCCUCCCCAGGCAGGCACAUCUCUCAGCUUCAACAACCUGCUACAGACCAUGACGACUCCCACCAUCCAGCGUCCGCAAUUUGCAGCUGCACGCCAUGCACCUCUACCUGCCGGAUAUCCUGCUCCCAACAUGCAGCCAACCCCCGUCCUCGUUGAUCCUGCUUUGCGCCGCAUCAAAUACCUGACCGACACCUUCCAUGCUGCCGCUACAAACGACCCAGUCUUCUACCUCCUCUACUGUAGAGUACGUGGCGCUGAGUCUCAGAACAUCGCCUACCCUGGGCUUGUCUUCUAUCUGCGUCUUCAACUUCAGGUUGGCUGGAUUGACCUUCUAGAGAGACACCACCGUCAGGAUGAGGUCGAGGGCGACCCUGAACAAUUAUUGCAGGAACGCAAGGAGCUUAUAGAAUGGCUAGUACAGCACGACAAGACCGUAAAGCCACGUGCUGGACAAUACCUCGCUAGACAGUUGGCUAAAUUCGCUCCGCUCGACUUCGACCCUAAGCAGGUCACGCCCCUCCCAGGUCUUAUCGACCAUCUUUACGUCCUGGAGAACGACCUCUUCUAUAAGCCGAAAAAGCCUGCUGCUCCCACUAAGCAGCAAUACCGCAUUAGAGUGGCUACAUACCUGGACUACGAGGGUGGCGAGCCUAAGGUCGUCCAGGAUGCCAACAUCCAGAAGAACAGCACGUGGGAACAAAUGCAGGGUACCCUCUCCGCCUUAACCCAGAACAUCCAGUCUGCACAGUUGGGCUACAACUAUGGCUGGCUAGCUGGUGGCUACUAUGGCAACUGGUUGUUCUGGGCGGGCGAGAGUGAUGAGCCGCAGGGCUGGAACCGCCUUCUGAUGACCGAGGGUGAUUUCCGGGAGAUGAAGGGCCUUUUGGCACAGGGCCAAAAGGUCUACAUCGAGCACUCCCAGCAGGUGGAGGUCAAGGACAACCUGGAGUUGGCAGAUGCCCUGGGUCUGGGGCUGUACCGCCCCUUCGACUUCUGCAAGCCCCUGCCUCCUGGCUACCGCUCGGGCAUCAUGGGGGCAUACCCCAACCCCAUGGAGUCCUCUCUCCUCAGCGGAGGCAAUGCAGGUGGCGGUCCGGCCCCCCAGACCAGACCCAGGAGAGGCAAACCUUCGGUGCUGGCUCACCAGCACCAGAUCUGGCUGCGUAAGCAGCGACAGUCACAACAGAAGGCCAGGGCCUUCGAAAUCAGGGGCAAGAAGUAGGGGGUGAGAUUGUUUGUGCCUUAUGGCAGUAAAGAUGAUGAACGAGAGAGAUUAAUGAACGAGAUUGUAUAGAGUAGA